AAGAAAAAAAAAAGAAACCCCUCACUAAACCUCUCACAGCCAUCGGCCGCAAGAAACAGGAGAUUCCCAAUUUGAGCUCCUCACUUCCCCUCGAGAAAACCUCGAAAAAGGGGAAGAAAGAGAAAUAGAAACCCUAGCUCUCAAUUGAACCCUCUACUUUGAAAACCGAAUCAUUUCUAUUGAGAUCGAUCGAUGGGAUCGUCAGUGAGUCACGGCGCCGCGCCUCCUUCGCCACCNCCGCCGGCGAAGGCGGCGGACGAGAAGAUGGAUAAGAAACCGGAGAAGGUCGAUUACUUUGAUCUCCCGUGUCCCAUUCCGUUCGAGGAGAUUCAGAGAGAGGCUUUUCACACUCUGAAACCCGAGCUUUUUGAAGGAUUACGUUUUGACUUUACAAAAGGUUUGAACCAGAAGUUUUCACUGAGUCACAGUGUCUUUAUGGGAUCGACGGAACUCCCCUCUCAAUCUUCUGAAACUGUUAAGGUUCCUACUUCACAUUAUGAAUUCGGAGCGAAUUUUCUUGAUCCAAAGCUGAUGCUUAUAGGGAGGAUGAUGACUGAUGGAAGGAUGAGUGCACGAGUCAAAUGUGAUUUAACUGAUAACCUUACCAUGAAAAUCAAUGCACAGCUUACAAACGAACCCCAUUACUCUCAAGGAAUGUUCAACUUUGAUUAUAAGGGCCAUGAUUACAGGACACAGUUUCAGAUAGGGAACAAUGCCUUCUAUGGUGCCAAUUAUAUCCAAAGUGUCACUCCGAAUUUGUCUCUAGGCACCGAAGUUUUCUGGCUUGGCCACCAAAGAAAAUCUGGUAUUGGCUAUGCUGCUCGAUAUAACACAGAAAAGAUGGUUGCAACUGGUCAAGUUGCAAGCACCGGAAUUGUUGCACUGACCUAUGUUCAGAAAGUAUCUGAGAAGGUGUCUCUUGCAUCAGAUUUCAUGUACAAUCACAUGACAAGAGAUGCUACUGCAAGCUUUGGCUAUGAUUACAUUCUAAGACAGUGUCGUUUAAGGGGGAAAAUCGAUUCAAAUGGUUGCAUAGCUGCAUUUUUGGAAGAGAGAUUAAAUAUGGGAGUGAAUUUCAUCCUUUCUGCAGAGGUUGAUCAUCGGAAGAAAGAUUAUAAGUUUGGUUUUGGUUUGGUUGUUGGUGAAUAAGCUUCUCUCUGUAACUUCUUUCCUUCUGAAGAUGGAACUAUUGGAUUUCUAGUGCAACUCUCACUGUGGGCUGUUGUGGAAUUAGACUGGGUUUCUUAAUUGCAUCACUCCUUUAGUCAUCAAGUUAUGCUGCAGUUUUAGGUGAAAGUGGAGUUUUUUUUUUUUUUUUGACUUUGUAUUUCUCUCGAGCUGAUUUAAAUAUAUUGCAUGCGGCGUACAGUAGUAAUAUGGCAUUUGAAAGCCAUGAAUUUUUUAUUCUCUCUCUAUAGUGCUGAUGGAACAAUUGGUUCUAUUAUGAUCCUUUGGAAGAAUGUACCACAAUAAUGUCAGAUGCUUCAUGCUGCGGUUGUACUUCUGCGGUGUUCUUGUUUCCUUUCUUUGUAGGUGUAUUCGACAUUGUUCUGUAUCCAAGCAAAAUUUUACUUUGAUGUGAAUCAGCGGAAUAGUGAAACUGCUUCGGUUGGU